ACAUCCCAGAGCGUUAGCCGCUGCGACGCCCUUCAGGGACCGGCCUGGAAGCGCUGGCCUCAGAGAGAGACGAACACGCUCUCCUCGUUCCUGGCGCCCGCGCGCCCGGCCCCACGCGGUCCUGGCUGCGUGAGGAGAUCUCUGUCGGCGCAGGCGGUGGAAUCACGCCAGCUCGCAGCAGCUGAGCGCUCUCCUGUUCCUUCUGUUACGUUUGUGCAUGGACUGUGCAGAAACCUGCCGGCAGUAGGUAGCUGCGCCUGGCCCUAGAGCAGCCAUCAGAGAUCUGGAGCGUGCUUGGCCUGUAGAUCAAAAAUGUAGCACGAAGAAGAGAACGGGGAAAGGAGGGUGGUAGGAAAGCCGUUGGCCGUACUUGCUGUCAAUGUGCCAGCUGACCACAGGGUUAGCCCGGACCAGAAGGGACUUGGGAACAGAAAUGCUCUCAUCUGGCCUUGGAACCGUGUCUAAACCGUGUCAGAAACCUUCUCAGCCAGGGACAAUUUUAGAGCUAGGUGUCUGGGCUUGAGAAUCCGUCAGUAUGACUGGGGUCCUAAUAGUACGAACAAGAGCCCCCAUCUCCGCUUGACCUUCUGACUAAUUUUGACCUACCCCUACUUAUUUCAGUGGAGCAAUGCACAGCAGUACAGUGUCCAGUCACUACAGAAUGGGCCUUACCUGCAGGCUUAUGAUCAGCUUGAACAUCCAAGUUCAAGUCGUUUUCCAAAACUGAUGAUAGGUUCAGAUGGAGGCCUAACCCAUUACGUUUCCAAAAUUCAGGAGCUGUUUGAGAUCCAGAGUUAUACUUUGCAAAGCCCUUAAGUCUGCUUCACUGCUUAGACUUUGGUUCUUUUUCCACUGUUUGUUUGCUUGGUGGUGACUUUAUUUUUUCUUCUUCUUCUUUUUUUUUUUAAUGUGAAUUAUUGUCAUGGGCAGUUUCCCUGAAUAGAACAGAUCAAUGAUUCUCUGUGAGUUGCUGCUCUGUCUACCCAAUACUUAUGCAUCAGUUCUCUCUCCCUGCUGGGUGCUAUCUGCUGUUGUGGCACUGAGCAGGCCAGAUCCAGUGGCACAGAGGAUAUAAGUAUGCAGCUCUAAUCUGAUUUCAAAUCAAUCUGUAGUGUUUGUACCUGAUUGUCCAAUACACCCGAGCUCCACUGUGGUCAGUAAUGGCAGGAGAAAUCCAGGUGCUGUAUAGUUUGAAGCAGGUGUACAUGGUUUUGCACCCAGCGAAGGAUACUUUGCCAUUCAGCCUGCAACAAACCCAUGCCCUAGCAUGUUCUUAGAUGGGAUCAGACCGAAAGUUCUGUCUUCACAUUUCCCUAGAAACUUGUGAGAGUUCGAUUUCCCCUCCCGCAGUCUCCUUGGCAUCUCAACACCUCCCAGCAGCUCCUGUUUCGCAGAGCUGUUUAUGGGGAACUGUGAGACAGAUCCUGCGUGUGUGGUGAGAGAUGUACAUGCUCAGGGAGAUGCAGGACAAGCGCUUUGCAAGCCAAGAUGGCUAGUCAGGCUGCUGACUGGUCACAAGGAGGCCUGGUGCUGUUUGCCUGAUGCAAUUUCUGUGCUCCAAUUGUUAGUGACAGCUGUUAAUCACACUGCUUAAUGCAGUUAUGGACAGCAGCAGGGCAUCAAAGUAAUGGGAACUGCGCAAUAACCUUGCCUAGAAUAGAACAGAAGGAGCAGAACACUGGCUCAUUUCUCUUUGCAGGCGCAUCUUUUUCUGUUCAGAACUCAUUAACCCCUAUGUCCCAGCUGCUGGAGAUGUAACAUCAACUAAACUACAGAAAAACUUUCAGAGGACUGCUGUGAUAGUCCUUGAGGUCUACACUGCUCAACUCCAGAGGUAGCUGCAUUUUCAGUAAAGCAGCUCCAGGACUAAUGUUAUUACAGUAAUUUUAUAAACAAAUUUCUGCAACUACUUCUCAAAGGAUCAUCCCAGAGUAUUUUGCAACACCUGAUCAUUUGUACAAUAGAAGCAUGAAACAUUCAGAACUUUUCGUGCUUUCAGCAUGAAUAGAUGUGUCAAAUUUCACAACGUCAAUCUGAAAUAGGACCCAUUUUAAAAUUAAUAUUGAUAAUUAGCAAUGCAUGACUAAGCCUGAGUGGGUGCCUUCAUGGGGGACUUGGCAAAUUUUCAAUCUCUUUAGUAGCAGAUGGGGGUGCAACCCACUACUUUUAAGGAAGCUGCCUUACCAGAGUGCAUAGGCUGAGGAACACUGAUGCCGUGGAUAGUGCAGUGGCUUACCAGUCACCAGGGACUACCACAACAGGGAAGUUGUACUGGAUUCAGUAAAAGCAUCCCAAGGUAUGGCUGCCUCAGAGCUUAGUGCCAUUUUAUGGGAUCCGUUUCUACUGCUAAACUUAAAGGCAUCUUUAUACUUUUUUCCUAAAUUAAAAGCAAGAGAGAGAAGAGAAGCAGGAAGAUGCUCAUUCUCCCCAGGUGGAAGGAGGCCACCUGGCUCACACCAAAUUGGAGUUCUGAGGCUGGCUCCAGGUAAAUCUGCCAAGUGCCUGCAAGGAGGCAAAGCUGAAGCAGCGAGGGUAGAGCAUAUCACUAACUUAAGGUAGAAACUAGUGUGUUUGCCAUGAAAAAACCCCAGCAAUGAUGGUGCUGCAGGACAGCAGGAUUGCGUGAGGGUCCUUGCUGUGAGGGGCACCUCUCCACUACUGUAGCUGGAACAAAGUGUCUUGAAUGGGUAAAGACAACUGCUUGGUAAAAGCUAACAGGCAUCUAGCAAGAUGAGUAGCAGCUCGCCCUCUGUACAUGACUUGUAUCACAGCACCACCACCACAGCCAAGCCAAACCCAGGGAUAUCACUGGAUGUGACUGUAUCAGAAACAGCUACCAUAAGCCAUGAAACUACCAGUUUCAACAGCACCAAAAUCCCAGAUGUGUCCAGCGGUGGACCUGGCAUGGGCACAGUGCUGCUGUCCUUUGGAAUCAUUACUGUGAUUGGGUUGGCUGUAGCUAUGGUUCUGUAUAUCAGAAAGAGGAAGAGGUUAGAGAAGCUGCGCCACCAGCUCAUGCCUAUGUACAACUUCGAUCCCACCGAGGAGCAGGAUGAACUGGAGCAGGAGCUUCUAGAACAUGGGCGAGAUGCAGCAUCUUCCCAGGCAUCCCAGAGCAAGAUUCUGCUGACGAGUCAAGGAGCUCUCCAGAGACCCAGUCGCCUUGUGUUCACAGACGUUGCCAAUGCCAUCAAUGCAUGAACAAUACCUGACCCUGCUCUGGGAUCAUGCUGAGAUUGAGGAGGAUGGAGCCAACAAAUCAGUGUCUUUUCGCAAGCAUGACUGAUCCACUGAGCCCAGCUGGUCACCCAGUUGGUUUGUCUUACAGAUGGGUACAAGCACUGGGAACUGUCGUCGCUUUGGAAAGCAAACCUUUUGUGAUGGCAGUAGCAAUAUUUGGUGUGUCCGUUACUACUGAAAGGUCCUGGGCUGCCAUGCUCCAGUUUCUGGGCUGGCACUGACUGACACCAGGUACCCAGCUGUGUGCUUAAGAACAGUGCGCGCUUUGUUGUAGAUUAGCUGGUUUAGAGCACAUGACUGCCCUCUCUGGGUCAGGGAAGGAGAGGUGCAUGUUUCAAAGAGCUUUCCCAUGGGUUUUGUGCCACCAAGCUCCAAGGAGAGCCCUGAAUGAACAUCUCCAUGCAGUGACCACAGCCUUGGCGUACCCCAGAGGGUGACUGCUGGCAAAGCUGCUUUGACCUGGGACAGCUGCCCCUGUGAGCUGAGUGGUAACCUGAGGCAUGGGCUGUUGCUCACCCAGGAGAAGCAUACCUUGAGGCUUAUCCUCCUUGUGGCAUGUGGCCUGCUAAUAAAUGUGUGCCCCAGGCGAUGCUGCAGCAUGGGCAAUUCACUAGCUUUAAAAAGUAAAAUGGGAAAUAUUUGACUAAUUACAUCUUAACUGAGCAAGUGGCUGAAUAUCCCCAAUUAGGGCUGUGGCAUGGACACAGGAGAACUCUCACGGCUUCUAGAGGAAGGGGCUGUAAUGUCCAGCUACGUGACUGCCUACAGCUAAGCUAUGGAUGAUGGUGUUUGGGUAUUUGAUGCUGCAGAAAGGAAACAAAUAGAAGUGGAGCUCUGAUACCAUGUAUCCUCCCCUGCUUUGGUUCAGGGAAGUUUCUACCAUGCAGACUAUUGUACAGAGAGAUUAAUGCUUGAAAACUUUUCUCUCUCUUUUUUUUUUAAUGAGGAAAAAUGUGUAUUGACUCAACAUUACAACAACCAUAUGUCUGCCCAGAGGUGGCUCAAUAGCUAGUUCUUACUUCCUUACCUGCCAGGACCUGCAGUCAGAAUCUUUUCUUCUUCCUGCAGAAGAAAACACAGAGCUUUGCGUUAGCGUCCAUUCAUGCUACCUGCUGGUGGGUCGUGCUCAUGUUACCUGAAGGUGGGUCUGGGCAGGUAAGACAGCAGUUCCCCUGUAACCCUGGAGCACCUCUCUGCCUCUUUGUGUGUCCUUCAGGACUGCGGGGGCGGGGGAAAGAGCUUGAUGGGGUCUCUUGGCAAGCUACAGUGCUGCACUGGAGCUGUCCUUGGCAGAGCCUUCCAGUGGCCACCAGCCACCCAGCAUGGUGGUUGGAGGCCAGCAGUAGGGUCCAGGCUGUGCACUUGCAAUGCAAACACAGAGCAUGGCAUAAGGAACGGACUGGAAAGUUGCCUCUAUCCCCUCUACCCACCAUGUUUGCCAGUACAGCCAUGGCAUAAGGCAUGGUGCCCCAUCCUCCCUGCCCCAUUCCCCAGUAAGAAAGUACAGAGGCAAUUGAAAAAGGUAUGUGUUUCUCUUCAUCCAGUUUGAUUAUCAAGACCUGGGGGGAGAGGGGUCAUUUUUGGUAACCUGCUGCCAGAGAUUGUCUCUCACUCUGAGAUGGACAGUGUCUUUAGAUCCCUGGGGGUGAAUGCACUAAUCAAGCUAUCUCAUUGCUGUGCUAGUGAUGCAGCUAGUGCAGAGCCUGCAUGCAAGCAUCAGUGUCCCAGCAAUGCACUGAUCACCUACUGAUUUUCCUGCAGCACAUAUAUUUGUCAGUCAGAUCGUGUUCCAACCACAGCAACAGUUCAAAGGGAAUUAGGGCCAGCCAAAGUUUGAAUGCAGAUCUAAAGGUGGGCUUCAUGCAAGGAGGUUUUCACUGAGUGGCAAUUGAGGCAUCAUGUGCUUUGUUGCAAGCUAGGACUUGCCCUGAAUCUUUUUUUUUUCCUUCCCAUGAUGAUUUUUCCCCUUUUCACAGCAGCAAACAAUUCCUUACCAGCCCCAUCUUCUUCACUGGCACAGCAUUCCUCAUGGCAAUUUUGCAAGACUAAGCUGGUUAAUAAUAUUUCAAAAUUCAUCCUCCUUUCUAAACCUGGAAGGUUCUGCAUGUGCAGAAGGGUUAGAGAUGUGACCCGCUGUGGAAAGUGGCCCGUCCACUGCCAGGAGGCCUCCCCAGGCUACUGGUAUUUGCAUUCCAGGGAGAAUGUAGAAGGAGGGUAUGUGUGUGCGAGCAGUCAGUGCAAUCUAGCUUAAAUGCUUAGAAUUUGGAGGACACUGCCCAUUGGUCUUCCCAGAGGUUAUCCCUGUGUGACUUGCUGAGCAGUGUUUCCCCUAGAACUCUUAGAGUUGGAACUUUUCUUCUUUUCUCCCUCCUCUAAAUUCUCUGUAAAAGGCUGAGCUGUUUCCUCAAAGCAACAGCGUACUUCAUGCUCUUUACCCAACUCCUUGUGCUGCACAAGCAGCUGCCAAGCAGUGCAUCUGCCAGCUUGGGGGCAAAGACGUGCACCUUGUUCCAAGUUCAGGUUGAGAUAUAUCUAGUAUAACAAGCAUACACUACAGAGAAACUCUGUUUAACCAUUCUUCCUAUAAUGGUAGGAUUUGUCCUGUGAUGACUGCCCUUAGAUUAAUGAAGUACAGAUAAUGAGUCUAAAAGAAUAUUACGGGUAUAUGCUGGGCUUGUACUGGAGUAUUCUUUUAGUAUAAUAGCACCUCCUUUCACAAUUCUUGGAAGUGUGCAAACAACUUAGCAGAAGCAUUAUGAUGUAAUUUAAUUCAAGUGUUUCUGUGUUUUAAGCACUGAAAUAUAAUUAAAGUAUUUACAUUACA